GAAGCAGCAGCAGCACCACAAGGGCAGCAGCAGCAGCAGCUGAAGCAGAGGCAGGCAAGAUUCCUUCUCUCUCCUCUCUCCCCCAAAUCCGAGCCACCCACUCCCCCCCACCCCCCUCCUCUCCCCGGCAGCCCUCCGCGAGAAGCUCCGCUCCCCAGCACUUUUUGGGCCCGAGAUAUGGCAAUGGUAGUUAGCAGCUGGCGAGAUCCGCAGGAAGACGUGGCCGGGGGCAACCCGAGCGGCCCCAACCCAGCAGCUCAGCCGGCCCGGGAUCAGCAGCAGCAAGCGGCCUCGGCGGCCCCGCACACCCCGCAGACCCCUAGCCAGCCGGGACCCCCUUCCACCCCGGGCACGGCCGGGGACAAGGGCCAGAGCCAGCAGGGUUCGGGCCAGAGCCAGCAGCACAUCGAGUGCGUGGUUUGCGGGGACAAAUCCAGCGGCAAACACUACGGCCAAUUCACCUGCGAGGGCUGCAAAAGUUUCUUCAAGAGGAGCGUCCGCAGGAACUUAACUUACACAUGUCGUGCCAACAGGAACUGUCCCAUCGACCAGCACCACCGCAACCAGUGCCAGUACUGCCGCCUCAAGAAGUGCCUCAAAGUGGGCAUGAGGCGGGAAGCGGUUCAGCGAGGAAGAAUGCCUCCAACCCAGCCGAACCCAGGCCAGUACGCGCUGACCAACGGGGACCCUCUGAACGGCCACUGCUAUCUGUCGGGAUACAUCUCGCUGCUGCUGCGGGCCGAGCCCUACCCGACCUCGCGCUACGGCAGCCAGUGCAUGCAGCCCAACAACAUCAUGGGCAUCGAGAACAUCUGCGAGCUGGCCGCCCGCCUGCUCUUCAGCGCCGUCGAGUGGGCCCGCAACAUCCCCUUCUUCCCCGACCUGCAGAUCACCGACCAGGUGGCCCUGCUGCGGCUCACUUGGAGCGAGCUGUUUGUGCUCAACGCGGCGCAGUGCUCCAUGCCCCUGCAUGUGGCCCCUCUGCUGGCAGCCGCCGGCCUGCACGCCUCGCCCAUGUCUGCCGACCGGGUGGUGGCCUUCAUGGACCACAUCCGCAUCUUCCAGGAGCAGGUGGAGAAGCUCAAGGCCCUGCACGUCGACUCGGCGGAGUACAGCUGCCUCAAAGCCAUCGUCCUCUUCACAUCAGAUGCCUGUGGCCUGUCAGAUGCUGCCCAUAUCGAGAGCCUGCAAGAGAAAUCUCAAUGCGCCCUGGAGGAAUAUGUGAGGAGCCAGUACCCCAACCAGCCGAGUCGCUUCGGCAAACUGCUCCUGAGGCUGCCUUCCCUGCGCACCGUCUCGUCCUCAGUCAUCGAGCAGCUCUUCUUCGUCCGCUUGGUAGGUAAAACCCCCAUUGAAACCCUCAUCAGAGAUAUGUUACUAUCUGGGAGCAGCUUCAACUGGCCUUACAUGUCUAUCCAGUGUUCCUAGAGCACAGCCAACACCCCCAUAGAGACACUGAGGACCAACACAAACAGAAAUAUACGAACCGAGUAAAGUUGGGGUGCAGAGAGGGGGGGGAAAGCAGACAAUAA